ACCCCGCCCGGAGCUCCCCCUCCAAGGAGUCUUCAAUUCUGACCCUAUUGUCGCUGAACCUUCCUUUCGCUCUCAAGAUUUUAUCUACCAACUGCUGCCUCAAAGACUGAAAAUAAGCACCAGAAGAAUCGCAUCUCAGUGGCUCAUCAGAAUCCCCAACGCGUCAACAUACCAACUCAUUAACAAACUUAAUCAACAAAAUGGUCAAAGCUGGUAAGUGUUCAAACAAUAGAACCCUUUGACUCUGCCAAAUCCCCUGCUUACUGACCUCGCCAUAGUUGUUGCUGGCGCCGCUG